UAAAAGAAAAUCCUUUGCAUAGAAAUCAAUUGAUUUCCUUGCUAAGAGGACAAUGCAUUUCGAUACAUAGAAAAUCUUUGGAGCUUAUACCACUUCUUUUUAGUAUUGAAAAUAAUUUUACCACACCUCUUCUGUUAUCAGGUUACUCAAUGAAAAAGACAUUCUUUCCUUCUUUCUUCUUUUUCUUCUUUUUUUUUUUAAAUAAAAAAUAAAAAAAAUUAGAAAGUCUUCCGGCUAUGGUUGCGGCUGUUUGGUCGGAUGAUGGUAACGCACAGCUUGAGGCAACUACUCAAGUCCGGAAGCUGCUGUCAAUAGAACACAGUCCGCCUAUUAAUGAAGUUGUACAAUCUGGUGUUGUUCCUCGCUUUGUCGAGUUCCUUUUUGAGGCUGCCUGGGCCCUUACAAAUAUUGCAUCGGGGACAUCUGAAAACACUAGGGUUGUCAUUGAUCAUGGAGCUGUCCCCAUAUUUGUUAAACUUCUAGGCUUUUGCGCACUAGGAAAUGUGGCCGGAGACUCUCCUAAAUCUCGUGAACUUGUGCUUAGCCAUGGGGCCUUGCAACCGCUGUUGGCACAGUUCAAUGAGCAUGCCAAGCUCUCAAGGUUGAGAAAUGCAACCUGGACUUUGUCAAACUUCUGCAGGGGCAAGCCACAGCCUGCAUUUGAGCUGGUUAGAUUUUUUGGGGAUAACCAAAUUGAAGGGAUAGCAGAAGUAAAGGAAUUAGAGUAUGAAAGAGCGGAAAAUGUACAAAGGUUAGGGUGUGGAUUACUUUUUGAGUAUCAGAUCCAUAAACUGACACAUUCAUGCUUGGAGAUUGAAAUUCCCAGUUUGGAACAUAAAGAACAUACAGCAAGCACAUCUACGUACCCCGACGGUGAGGCCUCGAAAUACAUCGAGAGAUACGAGGCGUUGAUUUGAUCCUUUGAGAGUGGAUUCCGUUCCCUCUGAUGCGCCGGAUGGUGAGGAAGAGAUGAUCUCUGCUUCGUUUUCGUCAGUCAGCUCUCACUACUAAAAUUCAAGCUUUUAG